ACCUGCUUUUAAAUGUAAAUGCCGAUUACCUGUCUCCCUAACAAGCCAGCUAUGCUCUGUCACAGGGUCUUCCAUAUAUGGACAAGAAGAAGAGGGCGCAGCAGCACACAUUCGGGGGGCCAAUAUGCCCCGGCUACACUUAUAUGCAGUCAAAUUAUCCUACAGAAAUGGAAAGUGAUAAGAAAUCGAUUAAAACUGUUUUUAUAACUAGCUAAACUGAACUACUAUCGAGGAUCAUGAGAUGUGAUCGAAACAUCCAGAACACAACGGGUUUUACAAAGAUCCUAUUUUUGAAGUUCUACCUUUUGGCCUAUAGAUGGAGACAAACACCAACCGUUUGGGCGAGAAGGUCUCCCUCAUACAUGGUCAAAAUAACUGUCCAAAUAACCUCCAUUGUUUUCGAAGAAACAACGGAAACCUCACCACACGGGAGAGACAACGGACCUGUCUGCACUGCUUGAGUAAACAUUACUUAUGUUUCAUUGGUGAACGUGAGCUGUGACUGUGGAGCGACGGUCUUAACGACGACUUGUUGCGAGGACGGGAGAUGCGGCGGCGGCGGCGGGCGGAGCAGAUACUGGUGGAUGCUGAGAAGCGGCUGUAGUCUCAUCACCAACCACCCUUCCUCCCACAGCAGCUAUAUGAGUCAACAUGGCCGCGGAGCAGCUCGACCUGCUCAUCCUCUGAGCCGUAGAGCAAAACAAUACUGAGGUAAAGAAAAAUACACGGUUCGUUUUAUACAUACUCAGAAGGGCAUUUUAAUUAUAAGACAUGGGGAAAAACGAGACAAAGAAAGUUUUUGGCUCCAAAUCUACAGCAUAAAUGGCGUUCAUGUCCCGCUUCUCUCGGUCUCGGAGCAGCUCCAGGUCUCCGAGCCGAAAGGAGCCUGAGCGUGACUCCCCGACACUGACGGUGUCCGAGCUGGAGAGGCUGCUGUACACGGGCAAGACGGCCUGCAACCAUGCGGACGAAGUGUGGCCCAGGCUCUACAUUGGAGACCAAAACAUUGCCUCUGACCGCCGUGAGCUGGCCAGACUCGGUAUCACACACAUUCUGAACUGCGCGCAGAGCAAGUGGCGAGGCGGAGCCGAGUAUUACGCGGGAAUGAACAUCACCUACCAUGGGAUCGAGGCUCACGACUCCCCGACCUUUGACAUGAGCGUCAACUUCUAUCCGGCUGCCGAGUUUAUCCACAAAGCCCUCUCGAGUGGAGGUAAGGUGCUGGUCCACUGCACGGUGGGAGUGAGCCGCUCAGCCACUCUGGUGCUGGCCUACCUGAUGAUCAGACAGAACCUGACGCUGGUGGAGGCCAUCAGAACAGUCAAAGACCACCGAGGCGUCAUCCCCAACCGAGGUUUCCUCCGCCAACUCAACGGACUGGAUGGCAUCCUGAGAGAAAGUCGGAAGACAUCACCGCAGAGCUGAAAACCCUCCCACACACACAACCACACACCCAAGCCAAGGUAGCAGUCAUACACACGAAACAGAGACAAAUUCAGAGCAGCACGUGACUUUCUGACGCCGGAGGCUCCGAGUGGCAAAAGGUGACUGAAUGUCAGACUCUUAAUUUCUUUUUAUCUGUUUAGUCCUUUAACAUGUACGACUGGUGGUGCCCAUCAAGGUCACAGAUUGAUUAGUGGAGGCAAUGAUAACCUCACACUGUCCUUUAAAGCAUUCACACAUUCAUUUAACGUGUCAUAUUUUUACUGAAGGAAAAAUCAGGGAAACCCUCAGGGAAACAGCAGAGGGUGCCACUUUCAGGUCACGUAACUGGAGAAUGCAACAAUUGGUGCGCUUCCCUCCUUCAGACCAAGUACUUUCCAUUUGGGAUUCAGGAGUGUUGACAUUUUAAAGACAAAAAGUUACUGAUUUGAUGGAAAAUUGGUAAAUGAGCAUUGAUAGAACGUCACUCUGCGGCAUGUAGGUUGGAGAGGUUUUAAAAGCACAACUCCAGUACCAAAAAUACACGAGACAACAAACAAACCCACACUGAAAACAUAGAAGUCAAUCCAGCAGAGUCUGUUGUACUGCAAUUGUCUUUGUACAGGAAGUCUUGGUAAAAUCCCAACUAGUUUCUGAAGAAACCGACAUCUACUUCCUAUUUGGUUGACCCUUAACUUUAAACUUCUCACAUUCCAGAGUACACGGGUGGUUUAUACGUGCUCACUUUACCAGUUCAUUCCAGUUUACUCAAUUAACAAGCCACAAACAGAUAAGUCUAGUUCAUUGUAAGUCUUGUUAGGAGUUUUUUCUCCAGACUGAUCUGGAAGACAUGUGGGAACAUUCUUUCUGCCCUGACGUUUAGAGACAGGGAUCUGAAUCCUCUUUUUCUACAAAAACCUUUUAGGAGACUAAAAGCUCUCCCAUACUUCAUCCAAAGUCUCAAAAUCACCUGUCAUCAAAGUAAUCGCGUGACCAAAAUUGCGACAUCUUUGUUACAGGGAGACAUCUGCUUUCGCUUUUUGACAUUAGGCCCGGGUCAAACUUUUUCGCCCAACGUUUUGUCAGAAGUUUUGUCAGACGUCUGCGGGUGUGUGUUAAGCCACAAUGCUCUCGGACAGCGACGUUGAGUUUUCCCUACGACUGGUCCACUUCCAUUAUCUGGUUUUUGUAUCCACAGGCAACAUGAACACUUUUCUGGAGCACUUAUAGGACGUGAUGAGGAAUCACGUUCAUUUGUACGAUUCUUUGCUAAAUACUAACCUACCGAAUUAAUGAUUUCACACACGUUCAUCUAUGCCAUGGCUUCCGCCACUAUGUUUUCGUCUGUCAAGAAACAACAGCUAAAUGCUGGGCGUGAUGUAUGCUGAAGCAGGAGGAGUUUUGCUAGGUGGUCUGCGGCGUGUAUGAACCAGUGUGUUUGAAUACUCAUGGUCCGCAAUCAAGUGACCAGGUGUCAACUGUUUGGCUUCGAAGGAAUUAUGGAAGAACCUUCAGGAAGUUAGAGCUGUAGAACAGAGAAGGCUUACAUGGUAUUCCCAGAGGCAUUUUUUGAGGUCUUUGUUCUAGUACAUCGUUCCAGAGAUUAUAUUAGGGGUGUUCUGAUUCUUUAUAAUGUUAGCCUCAGAUACAGGUAGAAGGGAUCAGAAGUCAGUCCAGAGCCCUUUACAUCAAGAAGAGUAGAAAUGUUCUUGACUGUUUUUCCCGGCCGCAGGGUAGAUUCUGAACGUCCUCAAGGGAUGAAGUAUCUCUUCUGUCUUCCCAGCCAUGAAGAAUGUCAGAUUCUUCUAAGGGAACUGAAAAACGUAGCUGGAUGUUUGGAAUUUCUGAUUUAGCCUACAUGAACAUAGUUAGAAGUAUCCUGUGCAUUUAAACCGGGAGAUCAAAACUAGGGAGAGUGGGAUGCACAACUCCAAAUUGCACAGAUGUGCUGCAGCGUGAACACAGGCUGUAGCUGUCUGCCAGAGAAAGUCUCUGGUAUCUAUGUUCAGGUAUUACAACAUGUUUGAGCAUGUUUGAGCAUGCUCCUCCUCAAUGCCACCUUGCUCCGCUCUGCAUCACUUAAACAAAAACGGAUUUGGAAGCAGUGCACCGCAACUGCUGCUUAACCCCUUAACUGUCAGGAUGACACCGGUAUCUUCAUGGACCCACUGACUUGCAUGUAAGCAUUUUGACGGUGACAGUUAAGGGUGUAAACAGCUUUAUUCUGAAACAUAGAGUAAUAUAGCAAUAUUUUAUCACUUUAAAAGAAACAGUACGUUUCUUUUAAAGUGUCCUCUCCUUGCACUUUGUUCCAGAAGCGUGUGAAGGCACAGUUCCAGCUUUACAUUCUUCUGCCCACAUUGACAGGAAAAGCGACGUUCUGUUGAUAGAAAUAUCCUGUUAUACAACCAGAUGACUCUAAACUUAUACACUGAAUUUAUAGACGCUGUUUCUACUACUCAGAUGAUUCCGUUUAAUAAGUGCCCUGGCCUGAGCUAUUGAGUCGUGCAGCAGUUGUAAUAUGGAUCUAAACCAGCAUUGCUUUCUAGCCGUUAGGUGUUCAAAAUAACAACAUAGAUUUAUUUCAGUGUGAAUAGAGUUUAGUUUUUGGUUUACUGCAGAAUACUUUAACAGGCUCAGCCUUUCAUCUAUCUCCAUUAGCGCUAGCAUUGCGCUGAAUUAAAAACUGUCCAGUCUAGUGUGUGUUUAAGUGUUAUAUUGACUGGAAGGUCUCUUGGAUUGCAUCACAAAAUAAUACCAGAUAUGUGCCACUGCAAAAGCUACUAACUGCCUGGCUGACAGGAAGUGUUGGGUGUUCAGGGCCCUGUUGUACCCAGGGGGCUCUGGGACUUGUGCUAAGUGGGGCUUGUGCUUCCUAAAUACAUUCUCAGUUUAAGCUGGCUUAUUGAAAGUCCUCUUCAGUGUUGUUGUUAAAUACUUCAAUUAUAGUGUUUCAAAUAUGCCUUCUGGAGUUGUUCUGUUCUAUUGUAUCGGCAAGAUGAAGUUUGGGUGAGAAGACACACAGUUCGUCUCUUUGCUGAAAAUGUACAUAUUGGAUAUAAACGUUUAGAUUUCUAAAGUCUAGAAAACAAUGCAAAUCUCAGCUAAUUUAGAAGAUAUCAUUUUAGGGAGACUGCCUCCCCAGAAAAGCUUAUCCUGCUCUCAUUGGUCAUCUGCAGUAGCAUGGACAGACUCCAUCCACAUUUCCAUAUUGACCCUUUGCAUGUGACAUCACACUCUUCAGAAAGCAGCUCACAUGGCUCCAUGACGGACGUCCAAGCCACCUAUGGACAUGUUAACUCUUGCAAAACCUGUAAAAAAAACUGACAGUUGGUAGUCUGAUAUGGUCAAGCCCUAACUUGACUUUAUUAGGUCAAGUUAGGGCUUGACUUAACUUGACCAAAUAUGGUCAAGUUUACUUUCCUGAAAUGUUUACUUUCAGGAAACAUUCGUCUUUGGACAGAAGUCCAAAUGUCUUAAUCAAAAUUCAAGGUUCCAUUUUGUCUCUUUAAGCAGUGUGAGCUUUUGAUUUAAAAAUAUGAAGCAGCAGUUAACUAAAAACAUGGAAAUAUGUAUAUUUGAAUGUUGUCCAAAUUUCCUGAUUCUUGUCUCAGUGGUCCACAAUACAAGAACAUAAUAGUUCCUGAACACCAUAACCACAAUGCAGCUUUUGGUCGAGAUUUAUAAAGGAACUGACAACAGAAAGCUGCAGUGAGAUCAGGCAUCUGAAAAGGUGGGGAUUUUUAAUUCUUGCUAUUUUUGACCAAUAAACACGUUUAAAACCUGUGGACUAAUAAUGUUUUUUUGAAACACAGGAAAUUCUUUUUGUGGUAUUAUAUUUAGAUUACAUCAUUACUUGCUAAGUUAAUAACAUGCUGUUACUGUGACAUUUUUCUUUUACUCCCUGAAAUGAAAAAUAUUCUGCAACAAUUAUUUAACAAUAAAGCCUGAAGCUCAAAUGGACUCUGAUCCUUCCACGACCGUUUUCAUGUUGAAAAUGUUAAACUUCAUAAUCUUUGAGUCAUCAGCUACCACUGCUUUAAGGUUUAAUACCACAUCUGGCUGUUAUGUCAAAUCACUUUCAUUAUGAAUACGCUUUAUAAAACAUCAGGCUGACUCAGCUUGGAAAACAAGAGACCUGAAACUGGACAUUACACCAAAAUCUAUUUCUAAGGGUUAUGCUGCGGCUUACAGAUCAUGGCUCCAUUCAUUCCUUCACCAUGUUGUGGCCCAGUUGAUCACAGUGUCGCUGAAAAAAAAAAAAAAAACUCGCCAGUGUUAUCUCCAAAAGAAAGUACCAGAACACAUCUGAACAUUCCCUCUCACUGGGUGACAGACGCUCUUUAGCAGGUUCUUUUGGUUUGUUUGCAUUUUCUUUGUGCUCGUUUUCUGAUGCCUUCUGCAUCUUGUGUUUUAAUGUGGUCCGUCUUGAUGUUCGGUCUAAGCAGACAGCUUUACAAGGUUAUUUAAGUGAAAACAUUUUUGUACAGCUUAUGCUAAACUUCAGAGGUCUGAUGUUUCUUCUGCUCAGUGUUCUCCUCCAGACAGAGGAGCAUAUAUGAUGUCAUUACCUGCUGAUCUGAAUAAGCUAACAUAGAGAAGGCAGUCAAAAAACAAUUAAGAACUCUCCUAAAAACACACGGAGGAAAACGUUUUCAUUGUGGCUUUCCUGCGGUAUGUUUUGUAUUUGUGACGUUGUUGUGAUGUGAUUGUUGUUCCCGUUUGUAUCCCUGUGUUUCCUAGCAGCAGCCCUUCCAUAGGAAGACUGGAAUUCCAGUGAAUUUAUCUUUGUUUCACUCCGUCUGUGAUUCCCCCCGAAAGGAGAUGUUCAUGCCUUAAUCUGUGUUCUUCAACUUGGUCUUUUUACGGUGAAAAACGAUGACAAUUGCCAACUUUGUUUUGAUAAAUGCUGUAAUCGGUCAUAAAUAAAUAGAAAAAUCCUAU